CUCUAAACAGCACGAUGAAUAAUAGUCAUUUAUUAUUAGUAACAUCUAUUAUAGAGUGACGUGAAAAUCAAAAUUUAAACAUGCUAAUUCCAUUAAAUGCUUUCACGUCAAAGACUUGGGAUGUUAGGUUAAGAGGUGAUUCCUGUCCAGGACGUAUCCCGUGAUUUCUUUUGUGAGAUUGGGACUGAAUGCAUGCUGAGAGCAAUGCCAUUGAACAUUAUAGCCGUACAAGACCAAAGGACUUUGAUAGGACUCGUUUAUUUAAUGUUAAGAUGAUUAGACUUGAAACAGCACUGAAUGCCAAUCCAUUCUUACAGUGAUGCUGGGUAUUCUUUUAAUUCCAAAUAAGGAUCAAGAAACUUGUUUUAAUACUGAAGUCAAAGGGCUUGGACUGUAACAUCGGGUCGCCUUGGCAACAUGUUUUACUGCUGGCAGCCAGAUAAAUGCAGCCUUGGCGCCUGUAAACUGGGAUAGCCGGACACAGUAACUCUCACUGCCAAGGACACAGCAACCCAGCAGGACUUCGAACAUAAAAGGAGGUACACAAGAACUGAAAUCCUCUUUUAAUCAGUAUUUGAUGCUUAUCAGCUGAAUUGUGUAAAAGCAGGGAAAAGAUUUUGCCAAAUGCAAGAUGGACUGAAAAAGAAAAAGGCCAGAAGAAAAGCCUGAGCAGAUACUUCUGACUCUCAGCUUUUUUGCAUUUUGCAGUCCAGCGUGGAUACGAAUCUGCAUGCGAAUAAACUCAUGGAAGGACAAAAGCCUCCUGACUGCACAAGCGAGGACAGACUCCUCAUCGCGUUGGCUGAAACUGUUCAGGAGCUUGAAGGUGUCCGAUGCUGCGGAGAUCAUCACGAUGCAGCAGCGGGUGGGAGGAUGGACGAAGGAGAAGAUGAGAGGGAGGAUGAAAGAAGACGAAGGAGUAAAGAGCAGCAGGAGAGAGACUGCAAAAAGAGAGCUCUGGGAGUGCUGAGGGAAGUCAGUGUUUUUCAUUCAUGCAGACUCAGAGCAUGGAAACAAGCCCUCAGACAAUGUUCCUCCACGCUCAGCAGCUCUCCACCAGGGGGUGGAGCUCAGCAGCAUCCAGCUACGACAGGCAGAGGUGGCAAAAAGGAUACAGAAUGCAGGCCCUGUUCGAGCUCCGUCAGCGACAUUUUCCUGAGUGUUGGAGAGGACAUAGAGAAGAUAAUCGACAAAAUAAGCUCCAUCAUUAUCAAGCUGGAUGCAGCGAUUCACCAGUUAUCUGUAGAUAAGGCCUCCAUCGAGGGUGAAGCACGUCAAGAAUCCAGAGACACAGACACUUUAGUGCAACCUGAAGACGUUAAGAAUCACCUAAACUCCCCUGAUCGACUCGAGUCUGACUCAGGUCACGAACGGGUGAUUGAGGACGGAGCUCAUCGAAGGCUUACAGAGGCAUCGGCAGACACUGAACAAACACUGGACUCAAAUUUCAGCGGUUCUUACUGUGACAACGGGGCAGAGUCACAUGUCAAAGCUCAAGCAAAAGACAUUCUGGAGGAAUCCUUUCACUCUGAGACUGAGUUACUGGAGGAGACUGAAAAGGAAGAUGUGAGCGCAAAGAGAAAAAGAAAAUGGAUUACCGUAGGGCUCACUGGUCAGCUGGAGGGCAGCCAUUCUGAUGUACCAGACGCAUGCUUUAUCAGAGCGCCGGCAGGUGCAGCUAAAGUCCUGAGGUGUGAGGUUGCUGACGCCCUGAGCUGCCUGAUGGUGACUGGCUCAGAGGAGUUGCUUAGCAGAGUGAUCCGGGUCAAAGUUGAACAUGGAGCAGCCUUUAAUUUUCCCGUUACUGUGGUUGUGCCUUUCCAAGCACGCCAUCGCAGCAGCUACAGAGAUGUCGCUGUGAAGAUAAUAGAUGAGGACAAGAGGGUCAGCUACAUCGCUCCCAUAGCAACAGAGGGCGUGUAUGGAGGACAAAGGGGCUCAUUUGCAGAGGUGAAGGUGUACUCGGUGGGUCUUUUUGCAGUGGUUUCCUGUUUAAAACAAGAAAACUACACCAUUCCCAGGAAGGGGUUGUCACUAAAACUCCCCAUGGACCCUCGAGUUUGUCUGAACUAUCUCCCAGGAUCCUUUACUGCACCUGUAAUAGCGCAAACCACGAUCCAGCCGCUAGACGCCGUGCUCCUGGCUUCUGUCAAGUCCAGAAAUUACGCCUAUCAUUCGGUGGUGUCUACCAGCCUGCUGCUCUACCUCACCCACCCGACCUCGAGGCCCCUGAGAAGACCCCUCACGGUCACACUUCCAUGUCCCCCAAAUCCUGCAAAAAAGAAAGCAACAAGGGGACAAACGGAGAAGCAACAAGACCAACAAAGUCAACCUGUCAGGGAUUCUCCCCCAUGGGAUCAUUCACCUUCCCACAGACUGAGAUUCAUCGACACCUCUGUGAAAUCCAAGGAAAUGUCCAAUGAGUCGCUGGUUGUUCUGGGCUCAAGGGACAAACAGUGGUGUGUCAUGGAUAAAGUCACCGUCAGGAGCCCGCAGAAGGGACUGGUGUCCUUUGACCUGAUGGAGAACUUUGACAGACUGCUCGUGGUUCGUCUCCUCUCCCCGCUGCGCCCUUGUCACCUCACCUGCCUGGCUGAGGAGCUGGAGGAGUCGGUCUGCUGUCACGCCGUCACUGUCGUCCUCCUGCGAAGCCGAGACGAGCCUCGCGCCCUCCUGGUGGCCGUUGUGCCCAGCAGAGACCUCAGCUGGGAGCUGCACAGGCUGCGAGCUCAGGGCUACAGCGACCUGGUGGAGACCUCGUCGGAGAUCUCGAUGCGUGAGGCAGAUCAGCUUCUCCUGCGUUUCACCGGCAACAUCACCUGCACAGCCGCUGCUCAAACCAACAAAAAUGAAGCCACGCAUGAGCGCAUCACCUUCCACAGCCAGAGGAAGAAUCACCUCUUAGUGCAUCUGACAGAGGUGGACCCAUUUGGAAACUACAGCUCUCCUCACUACAAGGGCACAGCCAUAUUUUAUAAGGUCACCAGAGGUCAGCUGGAGUGGCGGGAUGACAAAGCUGUCCUGAAGGACACAAAGCUUCUGGGAGAUCCCGUCUGUAAGCUGUCUCUGACUUUACCCAAGAAAGUGAGAAACCUUACUCGGCCCAUUACAGCCCAGGUGAAGUUAUGUGAGGACACAGGUUCCCUCUCAGACUCUCUUCUUCUCUGGCUGUCCGAGGAGCUCUCAGAGGAGGAAACGGCCCUGCUGGCGCUUUCCCUGCGACUCUGCCGCAGCACCGCUCAGCUGGUGAGGAUCCGAGCCGGGAGCGGCGGCCUCUCUUCCCGUGCCUUCACCAUCCUGGCCAUGUGGAGGAGAGGGCUGCCCGCCGUCCCGAACCAACCCAAGGCCUCUCUGCUCGCUCGCUACUUGGCCAAGAUCGGCAGGCCGGAUCUGGCCAGAGAACUGCUGCUGAGGCAGGCUGCAGCUGCCAGGCAGGAGUCACAGAAUUAAGGAGGCCCAGAAAGGAGCGCUUACACUGACUUUUAAGUGCCGCUUUUGAGCCAAGCCGCUGGGUUGCAGUGCUGCGUUUGAUCCACACGAGGUCAGCAUCACACAAGGAGAGUCAGCGCUCUUCUCUGGGCUUGCAACCCCACCUUUUGUUUUGUUAGUUUUCUUAGAGAUAAAGUCUAACAUUGAAAAACUGGGGAGAUUUUAAAAAAUGAACUGCAGUACAGAUGAGCAAAUGUUUUAACCCAGCUCUGAUAUUACUGUUGUGACUCCUUGCAGGGUUCAGACCUCUAAGCUUUGGAGCAUUUAUAUGCAUGUUGUUAUAACGAUUUACAGUCUUACCUCACAAUGCAGUUUAUAACGCAGUAAAAGCUGCAAAGUUUGAAUGCAGACGAGCACAGAGCACAUCUGUGGCUACCAGAUUAUUUUUUUUAUCAGCUAGACUCGUCGCUGGUUUUCUGUCCGUCUCUGGGUUUUCUCAGUCUUCUUUUUAAACUCUUGGCAGCCCUAAUCUGUGACAGAGCCUUCACUUUCUCACUUUAUUUGGUAGUUUGUCACCACCGCUGGCAGGGAGGUGAUUUAGCGGACCAGUCAGCCGCCUCUCCCCUCUGCGUAAACAAACAACGACACAGAGCUGUGACCUCCUUUCGUCUGCUCCUGACACCGAGUCAUCUUUGAGACGUGAGCGAGUCGGAUAAUGACUGAGUCAUAAAAGGUGUUUUCUUUGUUAUGAGGAUACUAAAAUAGAUUUCUGUUUGCAGUAUGAGCUGGAUGAAUCCAGGACAGCAUUAUGAAUUUGUGUCCAUUGUGAAUGUGAUAUUAAAACAAAUCCUCUCA